UGAAAGAAAGAUGGCUGCGUGCACGGUGAAGUUGUGAGUCAACAACCGGGUGGGUUUAAAUUUCUUUAAAUUCUUUUUUUUGACAUGCUAAUAUGAUGAACUGCUCGUUUAAAUUGCUUCAUACCGUAACGGCGAAAUCACGGGACUGGAAAUAGAAGCAUUGCCCCUAGUUCAUCUGCCUGCCAGCUGACAGACAGUUAUAUUCAAAGAGAGAACCAUGCAGGGGGUGGUAAGAAGGCUUGUUGUGUAUCCACUGGGCGUAACCUGGUUGAGCAGAACCAGCGGUGCACUCCUGGCCCUAAGGAUACGAACCCUUUUCAGUGAGACAGGAGUGUGGGAGAAAGACUAUCGACCAGAGACUCGAUCCAGAUUGGAAGAAUGGUGGCACCCACGGAUCAUGGCACAGUGGCAGAAGGAUGCUCUGAAAGAGGGUUCUGAUAAGAAGAAGUUUUACGUCCUCUCAAUGUUUCCAUACCCAUCAGGGCGACUGCACAUGGGCCACGUACGAGUGUACACCAUCAGCGAUGUGAUCGGACACUUUCAGAGAAUGAGGGGGCAUCAGGUAUUAAACCCAAUGGGUUGGGAUGCUUUUGGGCUUCCAGCAGAGAAUGCAGCCAUUGAGAGAGGUCUUAACCCAGAGGAGUGGACUAAAGGUAACAUACAGUCCAUGCAGGAACAGUUAAACAGUCUUGGCCUUUGCUUUAACUGGGACCGGGAAGUGACCACCUGUCUUCCAGAAUACUACAAGUGGACUCAGUACCUCUUCCUGAAGCUUUUUGAAGCAGGGCUGGCAUAUCAGAAGGAGGCCAUAGUGAACUGGGAUCCUGUUGACCAAACGGUACUAGCUGAUGAGCAGGUGGAUGAAAAUGGUCACUCCUGGAGGUCUGGAGCUCUGGUGGAGAAGAAAAUGCUCAAACAGUGGUUCAUCAAGACCACAAACUAUGGAAAGUCUCUCCUGGAUGCCUUGGCAGAACUUCCAGAGUGGUAUGGGGUCAAAGCCAUGCAAGCAAACUGGAUUGGAGAGUGCACAGGAUGCUACUUUGAUUUCAAACUCAAGAUGGGGGGUGAGGAGACGGGGGAGACGCUGGCAGCCUACAGCUCCUCUCCAGAGAUGGUUUUUGGAGCUUCUCACCUGUCCAUCCUUCCCUCACACAGACUGUUGCACGGCAGCAGCUCAGUGCGCGCUGUGCUGGAGGAAGCCUUUCAGCCCGGCAGAGACUCGCUGACUGCGGUCACUGCUCACAACCUGUUUACUGGUCACGAGGUCCCCCUGGUCAUCUCCCACAAGGAGGCAUUUGAUGGUUAUCUGGACACAGUGGUUGGUAUCCCAGAAUCCUGUGAGGAAGAUCUGUCUGUAGCUACAGCACUCAAUCUGAAGUGGACCACUGUGUUAACAAACCAAGAUGAAGAUGGAACCCAAACUCUGCUCAACUCUCAUGAGUUCACAGGCCUUACCAGAGAGCAGGCAUUUCACUCAAUUACCCAGAAGGCCAGAGAACAAAAGGUCGGUGGACAUCUCACCAGUUCCAAACUCAGGGAUUGGUUGAUAUCAAGACAACGGUACUGGGGCACACCCAUCCCUGUGGUGCAUUGUGGAGCUUGUGGUCCAGUUGCGGUCCCUGAAGAGGAGUUACCAGUUAUUCUGCCAAAGCUGUCAUCGCUUACAGGAAAGGGCGCAUCGCCUCUGGAGACUGCACAUGACUGGGUCAAUUGCAGAUGUCCCAGAUGUAAAGGUCCAGCGAGGCGGGAGACGGACACUAUGGACACAUUUGUGGACUCGGCAUGGUAUUACUUCAGAUACACAGAUCCUCAUAACCACGGCAGACCCUUUGAGCGCCACCUAGCAGACUACUGGCUGCCUGUAGACGUGUACAUUGGAGGGAAGGAGCACGCUGUCAUGCACUUGUAUUACGCUCGCUUCCUCUGUCAUUUCUGCAAAGACCAGGGUCUUGUGGGUCACAGAGAGCCUUUUCGGAAGCUGCUGGUCCAGGGUCUGAUCAAAGGCCAAACUUUCAAACUGGCAGACAGUGGGCAGUACCUGAAGAGAGAAGAAAUAGACUUCACAGGUACGGAGCCAUUGACGUUGGACGGUGGACGUGUUGAGGUGACAUGGGAGAAAAUGAGCAAAUCCAAAUGCAACGGACUGGAUCCCCAAGAAGUGGUGCAGCAGUAUGGUGUGGACACUGUUCGACUCUACAUCCUUUAUGCUGCACCACCUGAACAGGACAUUCUCUGGAAUGUCAAGACGGAUGCCAUUCCUGGGGUCCUGCGAUGGCAGUCUCGACUGUGGCGGCUGGUCAGUAAGCUGAGGGGGGCUCGAGAGCUUGGAGAUGUACCUGAUCCGUCCCUUCUGAAAAAGAAAGAGCAUGAAGAAGUCAAGACGAUCUGGUCAAACAAGAACUGUGCUAUUCAACAGGUAGCAACAUUAUUCCCUAUAAACAUAUAUGUGAAUUCACCAUUUUCUCGUCUGAUGGGACUGUCCAACACGCUAAUGCGGACACUCAGGGUGGUGCAGCACAGCACAGAGUUUGAGGAAGCUCUCGCUACGCUGGUUGUCAUGACAGCACUGGCCCCUCACCUGGCAUCUGAACUUUGGGCAGGUCUUUGCCAUGUGAGAAACCCCAUCACGUCGCUUGUUCUGCGUGGAGGAGACGUGCUGCAGCAGCCCUGGCCGACUGUGGACCCCGAGUACCUCAUAACUCCAGACUAUGUGGAGCUGUCUGUAUUGAUAAACAACAAGGCAUGUGGGAAGCUGACGGUGCCUCAGCAGGUGUCCAAAGAUGUGGAGAGUCUGCAGCGGCUGGUUUUAGAGAGCCCACUUGGACAGACGUUUCUCUGUGAACACACCAUCAAACGAGCCAUCCUUUCCCCCAGGACCACGCUCAUCAACUUCCUCACUGAGGAGUAAUUGUUGGGUAUCAAGGACUAAUUUUGCAACUGUAAAGUGGAUGCGUAUGCCUGGCAAUCAGUGAGUUAAAGGGUAAGUUCACUUUUUUCUUUUUUUGUGACAUUAAACUCUUCUUAGCAAUCAAGCCUCUGAGUGUUCAACCCACAUUGAUGAUUACUGUGUGAGAAAUUAUCUUUUGAAAAAAAAUAUUUUGGAAGCACUGAAUGACAGUGAAUAGGGCAACUCUCACUCAAGUUACAAUAACACUAACAGUCUACUGUAUAAUCAUCAGCACCUCUGUGGGAAUCGACAUUUGAAGAAAUAUGGCUAGCCAGGUGUAUUUUUUUCUAAUAUACCAGUUUAUUAACUGCAUCAGUGUAAGAAAGUGGUUCCACUCAGUUUCUUUCCUGCUUAUCUCAUACACGGGUUAGGUGGGAUUUUUUUCAGAACUGUUUUACUAAAGUACAUUAUAAUAAAUGAUGUAAAGGAUUUAGUAAAACCAAAAACAAAUGAUUUAGUAAAACCAAAAUUGGAAUUUAUUAAUACAGUGCAUCCAGAAAGUAUUCACAG